CAACUUUGUACACGUUUAAACAAUCUGUCUCAUCCAUUAGUGUACAUACUCACUGAUUACUUUCUAAAAUAAAAAAGUGUUCAAUAGCAGUGGUGUUUUGCAAAUUUUUUUUAAUUUCAAAUAUACAUUUAUUCCAUUUUAUUUGAAAACUAAAAGAGUAAGAAAAUCUAAAUAAAUUAAGAAACGAAUAGAGCUUAAAAAUGGUUGAUGCAAAUACACGAAAAACACUUAGUGGCAUUCCGUUGUUGCAAACAAAAGCUGGUCCACGCGAUAAAGAACUAUGGGUACAACGAUUAAAAGAAGAAUAUCAAGCACUUAUCAAGUAUGUUCAAAAUAACAAAGACUCAGGUACUGACUGGUUCCGUUUGGAAUCGAACAAAGAGGGCACCAAAUGGUUUGGAACAUGCUGGUGUAUGCACAAUUUGCUCAAAUAUGAGUUUAAAGUUGAGUUUGAUAUUCCCAUCACGUAUCCGGCGACCGCGCCUGAAAUUGCACUACCAGAACUCGAUGGAAAAACCGCCAAAAUGUAUCGAGGCGGUAAAAUUUGUCUCACCGACCAUUUUAAACCGUUGUGGGCGAGAAAUGUUCCCAAAUUUGGAAUUGCACAUGCAAUGGCCUUAGGCUUAUCUCCUUGGCUUGCUGUUGAAAUUCCAGAUAUGAUAGAAAAAGGCAUUGUUACCUACAAAGAUAAAGCCGAAUCAUAAUCAACAACAACUGUAUCGAUGUCAAAUAAUACGAACUCACACGAUGGCUUGGCAAUUUAUUUUAUUUUAUAAAUUAAUUAUUUUGUAGAUUUGUUUUUCGCUUCAAUUUAUAAUGAAUUUUUGUUGGCAAAUAAACUGAUUUUUCGAU